CUCAGUGCGAGCGGCGAGCCCCGCCCCGCCUGACCCGGAUACAGACGGCGCUGUCUGCUCGCCGGCCCACCGAGGAGCGUGGAGCCGGGCCGGUCCUGCCACUCGUGUAAGAGCAGCGGUGAGAGUGGAGCGCCCCGGCACCGUUAUGGGUCUGUGGUGAGCGUCCAGCACUGCUGUCUGCCCCACUGUUCCCUCCUGCCCCGCGGCCAUGGCCCCUAUGGGGAUCCGCCUCUCGCCGCUCGGCAUGGCUGUGUUCUGCCUGCUGGGGCUGGGUGUUCUCUACCACCUCUACUCCGGCUUCCUGGCCGGUCGCUUCGCCUUCUUCAUGCUGAGCGAGCCGGCGGCCGGCGGGCCCGAGACUCCCCACGGCUCCGGCGCCGUGGACCUGCGGGAGCUGCUGGCCGUGUCCGUCCUGGCCGCCGUCAGGGGUGGGGAGGAGGUGAAGCGGGUCCGCGAUGGCAACGACCUCAAUGCCAAGGCCAAGGGGAAGACGCGGGAGGGGGCCGAGGAGCAGCUGACGAGCGGUGACCUGCUGUCCAAUCGUAGGAUGUUCUACCUGCUGAAGAGCGCCUUCCCCGCCGUGCAGAUAAACUCUGAAGAGCGUGUUGAUACAGCUGAUCAGGAGACAGUCUCUUGGAAUCGCAGUAUUCCUGAAGAUAUAAAACAAAAAAUACAGCCUAAAGAGGUUCCAGCAGAAAGUGUUACUGUCUGGAUUGAUCCAUUAGAUGCUACACAAGAAUACACAGAGAAUCUUCGACAGUAUGUCACGACGAUGGUUUGUGUGGCUGUAAAUGGUAAACCAGUAAUAGGAGUGAUACACAAGCCAUUCUCAGCAUAUACAGCCUGGGCAAUGGUGGAUGGCGGGUCAAACAUAAAAGCUCGUUCUUCCUACAAUGAGAAAACUCCGAGGAUUAUUGUAUCCCGCUCCCAUGCAGGAAAAGUUGAGCAGGUUGCACGACAGACAUUCGGAAAUAAAACUGUGAUAAUCACCGCUGGUGGAGCAGGCUAUAAAGUGCUGGCCCUCCUUGAUGUGGCUGAAGAGAAUCAAGAAGAAGCUGAUGUAUAUAUCCACGUCACCUACAUUAAGAAGUGGGACAUAUGUGCUGGAAAUGCAGUGUUGAGAGCAUUGGGUGGCCAUAUGACCACCCUCUCUGGUGAAGAAAUUAGUUACACUGGCUCAGAUGGCAAUGAGGGAGGACUUAUAGCCAGUAUCAACAUGAACCAUAAAGCACUAAUUGAAAAACUUCCAGAUCUGGAAAAAACAUCACACAAAUAAACGUGACUGAUGGAGAAGUGCAAGUCAUGCUUUUGUGGCCUCCAAAUGCUCUGUCUGAAGAAGCAGGUGUGAAAACCUGCUGGGAAAGAUGCACAGCAGUUUGGUGUGGGUUUGGGGACUCUUAUAAUGCAUUGGGUUUCUUCAGUGGUGGUAUUUAAAAAAUAAUAAAAUAAUAAUCAGAAGUAGGAAGGGGACUGACUGCCUCACACCUCAGUUUCCAUGUUUUACUUUUUUUCAGACUGUUUUCAAGCAGUUCUUAUACUGAAGGUGCAUAUACAAUAUAUAUUGUUGAAUGUAGGUGAACUAAAGAAAAAUCCAAAUUUAUUCAUAAGUAGUUCUCACGGGAAUUUCUUGGAACCUUUUACAUCUUGUUACUGUAGUUGUAGCAAUUCCAUAAUGAAUUAGGUAGGAAAAAAGGUUGAUUUGUAUAGGCAUCUGAUAACUCUGGACAAUUUAGCAGAAAACAUGAUCCUGUGUUCUGUAUCCCCUGAAUAGAAAGCACAAGAAGGUUGACACAUUUAUAUGCAGCAACGGUUUAUCUUUGACAGUGCGGCCCUCCUUUUUAAGAGGGGGAAAAAAAAAGAAAAGAAAGAAAUGUUCUGUACUAUUUUGACUUUUUUCCUGAAGAUGUAAACCAGUUUAGUUCAGCUAGAUUGUGAAUAUCAGUGGUUUAUUAAUCAGUGUAAUUAUUUCCAUACACCUUUUUGAAAGAAGGCAGCGUUUCCAUGUAUGGUUUUGAACAGUUACUUCUGGUCCUUCAUUUCUGCGUAGUGUUGAAGAUGCAUGCUGGACUUUUCUGUAUUGUUGGACUUGUUCAUCAUUCGGUGUUUGUGCCUAUCGAAGCUGCCUCUUCCUUCAGUACCUGUUUUUUUGUUUCUUUUGUUCCAUUGGACAGAGUUAUAUGGAAUGAGUUUAACAGAAAUAAUAAGUUGAUUGGUUGGUUUUGUUUACAACAUGACAUAAAACCCAGCAACUUUUCUACAAUCCCCAAAAUAACUUUCUGUCUUUUUAGGUUAAGGUGCACUCUUUUCUGCAAAAAGCUCUUGAGCCAUCCCAAGCAGCUUGCAAUUACUUGAUUUGUGGUACUGUAUAUAGAGAGAGACCAUGUGAAUGUGAAUCUGUUUAAGCAAGUUUUUGAAGAACAUGUGCUUAAAGUACAGCAGUGUCUGCAAAACUUUACCAAAAAAGUUUGUCAAUCCGGUAUAUGCAGAACAGAGCAUGGGCCCUUUGAUAUCAAAUGAGUUUGUUGCACCUUGAAAACAUGUGGACGUCUAUCUGCAAAAAUGUAACCAUCUGUAUUGUUCUCUGCAUCCCUCUGAAGGGUUUCAGAAGGUUAAAAAUAUACCUGUUAUUUGAAUUACCAGUAGGUAAGCUUCCCAUCUCUCUUCGAAAGCUAAAAUUCUUAGUUAAUACAGAUUCUUUCUGUUCAAAGUUUAUUCAGUACAAGUUUAGGCUGUUUAAACCAUAUUCUUACAUUACUUUCAUUUGAAUUUCUUUUGUCAUACUGCUGCUCUGAUUAAAAAGAGGUUUUUCUCCUUAUAUUGGUAGCGGAGCAUGUUAGAUGCAUUUUUUAACUUCUAGCUAAUGUUCACAUUUCCAAAAGACAGCCGCCUCAGAUGUUGCAUGACUACAGAUGCAGACUUUUAUUUUGUAAACUUACUGGCAAAGUAGACUGCAGCUUACUUAGUCCUACUAGCCUUUUGGUACGGGUAGUUUUUUUAGAGAACUCUUUUCCAAAAUUGACACUGUUGCUGCUAUUUGAAAAUAGCUUUUAUGCAUGUAGAUAAUACACAAAGCGACUUCCACUUUUUAAAUUACUAUGUGCUGUGACAAAUAAGUGAACAAGCCCUUUUUAAAAAGGGUCUGAUCUAUUUUGAAGAACUUGUAGAGCUUCCAAACCUCAGAAAAGAAUAAUAAAUCCAGGCUUUAGUAAUAUUUUACAAGAAGACUGCAGCUUUUUUUCCUUCAGGCUGAUUUAAAUGUCUUAAAGCCUAAUAAAAAAGAAAGGAACAGCUCUUCUGUUUAUUAAAGAACACUGAUUAAAAUUUAAACAUGAGAAAUAGCCAUAGUUAGCCUAGUAUUAAAACCUAAUUGUGUCACAGAGGUUGAAUGCGCAAUACUUAAAUAGGCAAUUAAAACAAAGUCUGUGGCAGGUUGUGGUUUUAGAUUCAGGUUGAAAUAAUGUGUUAACUUGUGAAAAUGUGCUUUUAUUUUAGGUAUGAUUCUAUCACAUCCUUGCAUAAGCUGUGAUCAGGCUUGGCUUCUAUAUGAGAAAUGAAAAAUAAGAUGUUACAUAUUGUACAAGGGUUUACUUCAACCUCUUAGUUGAAGGUGUAGAGCAGUAAACAAGUAUUUGCCUAAAUUAUUUUUCCUUAGGAAGAUAAGGUAGAGGGAGGAGCUUCAGUCCUACUUUCCUUGCUCUCAUAUGCUGGCUAAAAUACCUGGUCUUCCAUUGGGAAGAUGUGUGCUUGUUUAGACCCAUUUAUAUCCUAAAUUGCUUUGUUGCAAUGGAUCACAGUGUUCGGUACCUUUCACGGGGGACCUUACUGCCCCAAUCUUAUUUUUUGUGAAAAUGAAAGAAGAGUGAGAGUGAGGUGCUCAGUUAAUUACUUCUAGUACAGCCUGAGCUCAUACAGCUUUCCCACAGCUGAGGCCUAAGGUGGUGCUUGGGGUCUCCAAGUCUGCUUUAAAGAGGAGCUGCUUUGAUGUGAGAAUAGGUAAGAACCUGGUGAAUAUCGUUUCUGAUGUCGUUUUACAACAAAUGCAACUCUGAUGCAGACCAGCAGUUCAAAAGUGCUUACUUAGCGCACAUGUGCCAGUGCACUUCCAUACUUGUUUAUAUAGUGUUAACACUCUAUACCCUAUUUCUUUGACUAUGUUUACCCUCCAUUCUAAAACAUUUUGUUGCUCUGGCUUAAGUAUUUGUUUGGUCCUAGCUGGAUGUGGAUGUGACUUAACCUUGUGCCCAGAGUGGUAGGAAAUCAUACUGUACCCAUGUCUCAUUGAUGGGCUAGAACACUGUCCUUUACAUUCUAGCAUUUUCCACAUAAAACUGUAAUACCAUUUUUAGGGAUGCUACUUAAAACAGUUGCAUGUGUAGGUGGGUCCUACAAAAGUAUGUCUUUUCUAAAAAUUUUAAUUAGAAGAAUUCAUGCUAUCAUUGUAGCUCCAAACAAGGGAAGUAAGAGAAUGUAUUUAGCAUUGAUUUUCCAAUGGUGGAUUUUUUGAGUGGCUAUUAUGGUUAAGGUAAUUGCAGGUGAAAUUAUUCUAAAGCUGUAUGUAUUUUCUCUCUUUCAUUCUGCUAAAAAGAGCAAAUGGUAGGAUAGAUCAUACCUCGUACUGUACCAAGAGUCCUAACUUGAAUGAAUGUUUUCUAAGUAAAUGGAUACAGAAAUAUAAAAGGGUUGAAUAUUAUACUUACCUGGUUUCAAGAUUAACCUUUUUGCCAGACUUUUACAGGUGGACUUAGAUAAGAGUUGUUUGAUCUGAUCUGCAGAGCACUUAAUAUUAUGAAAAUAUUUAACAGAGAUGGCUUAGAUGGUGAAUUAACCAUAUAGGUAAAGCUGCAAAGUCAUCUAGUGAUGUUUCAUAUAUUUGCUUUUAGUUCAUGGUCAUUAGAGUGGACAGAUUUCAGGUGCGAGAAGAGGUUUUAUUUAGUGGCCAGUGGUUGGAGAUCGAGGGCAUGGAAGGGAGUCAGCGCUGUAGUUCAUCUCUGCUUUUUAUUUAUAAACAGAUGUAUCCCAGCAUCUUUGUAGCAUCCUGUUAUCUGUUGGAGUUGUACAACAGCUGUGCAAUACUGUGUAAUCCUGGUUUAACAGUGUGAAACAGGGAGUCUGCAUCCCCCAAGAACAGUGCAAUGAGAAGUGACUGAGUGUUGUGCUGGGCCUCUUCUGUGUUACAACCAGCAGAGGCUUCGUGUUUCAUUGUAUUGUGGAUGUCAUUCCAGUUGUAGUUUCUCUGACGGCAAAACUGCUUUCGUAGGCUACAGUCUCCCCAGUUAUGCCCAACCACUUUGUGGAUCUGUUUUCUAAAGUAAAAUAACUUUCUAGAGAAGUGGAGAGGAAAGAAGCAGAUGGCUGUGCUGGAAAAAAUGUAACAGAGAGCACUUAUAUUUGUUUCUUGAUUUUUUUGUGGUUUUUUUUUUUUUUUUUUUUUUGUUUGUUUUUAUUAUUACAUUGAUAGUUCCACUUCUUCUGCCCUUCAGAGAUUAGAUAACUGUGCAGGUAAGAUUUAAUGGACCACAGAUAAAUGCUUGUGGCAUUUUAUGCCCACCUGGGAUGAGGGCAGGGGCCACUGCCUCUAACCAAGGAGUGCCUGAAUGGAUGGCUUCCUGUCAGGCUACUCACAGUGAGCCUUUUUCAAUGUUUUGUUGUAGAGAUUUAGGCCCUUUCCCACAGACUGUUACAGAUUUGACUUUGCCAAAAUAUUAAUCACAGUCUACUUUCUGACCUGCUAUCCUCAAUGAUAAAAAAACUACAUAGUAGCCACUUCGUGGUAAUGUAACUUGCUGAGACAAGACUGAGGUAACUAAUUUAUGGACUCAAAAGAUUGCGUGACUUUUGAACCACACCUUCUGUAUGGCAGCUAGUAUGAAGUGCUAGGCAACUGCCAGUGUCUUCCCACCUCAGAUGCAGGUCAUGCCUCUUGGGUGGUAUCAAGCAGCUGUUGAAGCCUUAUACUUCAUGAUUUUCAGAUGCCACACCAUCUCUUUUAGCUCUUCUGACAGACGUUCAGGAAUGCUCAUAAAAUUUCUUCUGGAGCCAGUAGUUAGCCAUUUUCCCCUCUUUGCUGUUCCUCAUUUCUGUUGUUUCACAAUCCUUACUCCUUUGUUAGUCCAUGUGGACAAGAAAAAUGAGAGAUCGGAGGUAGAGGCAGUCCCAGAAUGAAAGAACCACAGCAGUAAGCUACACAGUUUAUCCUCAAGCUGUUAAGGUUUGGGACCAAGGUCUAAGGUGUUGAUCCUACCAGAAGUAACCAGUGCCAAGAAAAUAAAGGCAACUUGAAGAGAAGUUCAUGUGAUUGGUCCUACUGAACAUGUAGAAAAGCUGAAAAUAGACUAAGGAGAACUUAAACUCUAAAGAAAGUAAGAGAACAGCUGCUCAGUGUAAUGUUAAAAGCAUUCAGCGUUUCUUUUCCUCUGGGUGCAGAGCUUCGUUGUUUAUGAAUGAGGUUCCAUUGGCCCUCCGUGAAAGACCUGAUUUUGUUGAAGUCAGUAAUAGCAUUCGCACGGCAUUCAACAUGAGCAGAAGCAAGCCAGAUAAAACAUGAACAGUAAAUUAAGCUAAGCUCUGAAGAGCUCAGCUUCUGCCAAUAGAGCAAACAACCUGGGUUGUGUCAAACUCGCGAGAACUUGAAAACAUCAUACCAGUAUCUCAAGGUUUUAAGUCUUUCAGGCUUUUUUAUGGUCUACAUAAAAAAUAUGGGAAGAGAACCCACUUUCAGAUAAUACUGUUUUCAACCCCAAUUGUUCCUUACUUGUAAUUCACAGUUCUUUUUCUCCCCAAAGGACCAGCAACACUGGCUGUUUUCCUGUUAUCCCACCAAAUUGUAUUAGCAUUUUCCAACUGUGUGCCAAAUUGAAAUAAAAAUUCUAUAAAUAAACUCUUUGAAAAUA